AUGGGAUGUGCGCCUAGUUUGCGCACCGAUACCACCGACUCGACUCAUUCUGACAGAGAAUCUGACGAUGAUGAUCAAGAAUUGAUAGCAUCCUCAAUUCCAGUACAAAUUGAUGCCGCAAUUACCAGUACUCCUAACUGUGACCUUCAUCGACAUAAAAUCAUUUUCUUUUUUGGUGGUCCGGGCAGUCAAAAAGGUGUUUUAAUUGAAGAAAUGGUAAAAGAAUUCAACUUUGUUUUAAUAAAUGUCGAGGAUGUUGUCUUCAAUUAUUUACCAAAUAAAUUAGCGAAUACAAUCGAAAAUUCGGUUCAGAUUCAAGACUUAUUAAAGCGUGAUCGUAAAUUGUUAACAGUCGAAUGGGUUCUAUCAGUGAUGAGUGCUAAACUUUCGACAAGUAUACAUGAACGUUUUGUUAUUGACAUAAUACCAUCAUUAACAAGUUUUCUUCGAAGUGAUUCUUUUUGCGAUUUAAAUCAGGAUAAAAACCUUCAGAAUUUCGAAAGUCAACAUCCAAUAAUGUGUGCGCUUCAAAUAAACGUCACUGAUGAGCUUAACACAUUACUGAAUGACACCUCAACAAACAAUAAUCAAAACUGCCCAGAAAAAAGUAAAGAAAAAGAAUUAAGUCCCGAGUUAAGUGCCUUCAUACGCGGAGUGGAUGAGGCUGAUAAAGGCCGUUUUGAGAUGAACGUCAACUGGGUGUGGACUUUGAUGCGUAUCGCGUCAAAAAAAUACGACUCAGCGAUUUUGCAACAGAAACAUCGCAAACAUUCAAAGUUAAAUUGCUUGAAACAAAUUAUUGCGCAAAAGCAAUUCUCAAAAUCUUCAAAAGCUGAACUCAGCAAUUUACAGUCGUCAAAAUUAGGCGCGUUGAGACGUUAUAUAAAUAAAUCUUCGCGAGCAACUGACAACUAUCUGGUUUUACUCGAUUGCAUCAAUGAUGGUAACGAAUCGCGUGGAAAACGGAUCAGUUUUAUCGAGACAAAGUUAACGUAUUUGGAUAAAUAUUUCAAACGAACAAACAGUCCACGCCUGAAAUCAGUCAAAAGGUAUUUUAUUGUUUAUUUUCCGCUCCUUCACCUUUUUAUUUGUUGUUUGCAGACAAUCAAUGAAAUGAUCAAAUAA